CAAAUAAUAUAAAUACAUAAGAACCGAUUGAACUGCCUUUCAACAAAAUACAGUCAACUUCAGUUUCGCCUUUUCCUGACCGCCAAUUAUCAAUAUAUCGAAGCUCAUCUCACACCGUAACUUCAUCCCAUACCAACCACCAGGAGUCACCUCACAUUCAACUUCAGCAACCAUGGGCAGCGCAGAUACUCUUCCAUUCUGGAACUACAAUAUCCCAGAAGACCAAAGAACAGACGAGUGCCCUGAAUUUCUUCUCAUCACCCACGAAAAGGACAGGGGCAUUCUCUCCACGCCAGACGAAGAAUACCACAUCUCAACCUGGGACGAGGUCCGAGAAAUCAUUCAGACAAAUCGUCUAGAACUCUUCAAACGUGUGCCUUCAGAGCUUCGCCGCUAUAAGCAGUUUACAUUCCAUCUCAAGAAAACGUACGGCACUGUUGCCAACUUUCUCCUUGAGCAUCGUCUUAAAUGGACACCACCUGUGACACCGCGCGGAGCACCCUUUGAGUUUGAGGACGACUACAAGAUUCUAUGGAACGAUGCUCCCUAUGGCAUAGAUCCGAGGAUCGCGCAUCUUGUGGUCUGGACAAAGUUCGAUCUCAAGGAGGACCCUGCAACGGGCGAUUUGACAGACGAGGCAAGGAAGGAGAUUGAUGGUUUCGUAACAAGAACAUUUCGAGCGCAUGUCCCGGAAGAAAACGUCCUCUGGUUCAGGAACUGGCAAGGUCUGCAGUCAGUGAACGCCAUCCAGCAUCUACAUGUGAUGUUAUUCAACCCAGAUCCAGACUUUGUUCGGAAAAUCACAAAAGGAGAUACCCCCCGAGCAGGAAUGGAAGUGAACAAGUGAGUACAGCUUGACGCAGCGAACUUCAUCAAAAGUGUUUUGUAUGCGGCGGGUUGCAAAAGGUAUGCCUAAAUGUUAAAGAGGCUAUACACUUGACCAAAGCUAUUUUUGCGUCAUGUGCAACAUGUGUAAACUGUUGAAAGAAACCCGUGGCUAGUUCAAGAUACCAUGCCGGGUAGAACGUGACCCAAACAUCCUAUUCAUACAUCAUCGAAUUUUGGUUUCCCCUUG